UACUAUCUCUCUCUUUGUUACCAUGACUCGCGUUGGUGCCAUCGCUGCCUUCGCGGCCGGAUUCGUGCAAGUGUCCUUUGCCCACAUCCUGCAGAAGUAUCCGAUGUCCCGGCAGCUAUCGCGUGGAAUAGACUUCAAAGCAUGGGACGAUCCGGAAGUCGAGUUCUGCCCCCACUGCUACAACGCUCGCGGGCCCAAGUACGUGAAGCAGAGAGCCCACGACAACGUGGACACCGCCACCCUGAACGCGUACGGCGGCGGGGAGGAGUUCCCCCUCUACUUCGGCGACUUCGCGGACAACGGGAACUACCUCGAGACCAACGAGAUAGCGAAAAGGCACGGCGUGUGUGGCGACCCGGAACAGAACGCCGAUGAAGGCACCAACGUCUACAGCACCGCGAACAUUAACUGGGAUCCACUCGAUUCCUUCACGAGCGGACAAGUGCUCGAGAUGGACAUCGUCAUGAACGCCUACCAUUGGGGGCACUGCGAGUUCUUCGUGUGCAACACGGACGACAUGGACGACCCGGACGGCGUACCCACCCAGGAGUGCUUCAACAUGCACCCCCUCACCCGCGCCGACGACGAUGGGGACGCCAGCCCGAUCGACCCCAACUACCCCGGACGUUACUACGUGGACCCGGAGUGCCGCGAGGGGGAGACAGAGCAGAGCAGCAACAGCAUCGAGGGCUACAACAUCAAGAUGCGCUACGUGCUCCCGGACAUCGAGUGCGAGCACUGCAUCCUGCAGAUGGUGUACUACACCGGCAACACGUGCAAGCACAUCGGGUACGAGGAGUUCGACCCGCCCUCAUGGCCGAGCUCCUGCGCCCCGAACAAGUGGGACUGGAUCGAGCUCGACCGCUACGUGUGCGGAACGCACGGACGGUACCCGGAAGAGUUCUGGGCCUGCUCUGACUUCAGCAUGACCUCCGAUGGCUCGGCCCCGGCGCCAACACCGGUGGACGCGCCGAUGCCCGACCCCGUGGACGAAGCGGACGACGACGAUAGCACUGACGGUGGCAUGGAGAUGUACGAGUACGUCGGCUGCUACACGGACAGACAGGACGACCGGGUUUUGGGAGACAAGCUGGACUCCGACCUGAUGACCGCGGAUUUCUGUUACGAAUACUGCUCCGAGAUGGGCGCCGCGUACAUGGCCACCCAGUACGCCUUCGAGUGCUUUUGCUCGGCCGACGAGGACUUGGACUACGAACGCCACGGAACGGCGAUGUGCAACAUGGGCUGCUUGGGAGACGAGGGGGAGACCUGUGGCGGUGAAAACGCGUUCGACCUCUACAAGAUCAUGCCUUCGAUGAACUCGCCCACGCCGGCAACGCCUUUUUCCGAGCCCGAGCCCGAGCCGACCACGCCCUUGUCCGACGGGUGCGCGGAAGCAUGGGGGCAAUGCGACGGUGGCAACUGGGAGGGUUCGACCUGCUGCGUGGAGGGCUACAAGUGCGUCCCCGACAAUGACUGGUACUCACAGGCCAAUUCUAGAGGCGUCUUUUCCUAAAGUUGUUUCGGCUGAGUGUCCCGUCGUACCUGCAGCUCAUGGGGAUUGUGUUCUCAAUGUAAACGCACGUCGUAUGCCGAGAGUGGAGCGGUAUGCAGGAACACGGUGUGAGAAGAAAUGUGCGUGUGCACGUACAUGAGAGGUUAGCGUAUCUGUUUGCUUGGUCUUGUGUGUUUUUGUCGUUCCUGCUUCGAAGCUUAGAUGCUUCAUUUAACUACAUGAUGCUUCAUUUAACUACAUUGCUUUUGUAAAAUAUUCGGGUUGGUUAGUAGGGUUCACUCAAGGUUGGGGUUCUCACCCUCAUAUGUCGUUAGUUGUGCACAAUUCGAAGCCAGAAUCCCGGGUUUUACCUCCGGCUCCGUUUAACUAUUGCAAAGCUUGUGAAGUGGUCGAGUUGGUUAGUAAGGUUUACUAAAGGUCGAGGUUCUCGCCUUCAGAUGUCGUUAGGCGUGCGGUUUGGUAUCUAGCAUGCGGGACGGUAAUAUGGUGGUGGGAUUUUGCGUGCGGUUUGUUGCCUAGCUUGCGGGACGGUAAUAUUGGUGGUGGGAUUUUACUUUCACGCUGGUGCUUUAUCGAUCUACUUCGUUUUUGCCAUGCGAGUUUGGUGUGUGCUCAGUUCCGCCGACUUUUUUUUUUUCGAUGUCUUCGUUAUCCGUGACAGCGUGGGAGUCGUUGGUUGUUGGAUCACUUCUUUGUGUUGAUGAGAUGAAACGUUUUGUGUACAGAGGUCGUGUACCCCGCAUGUCGCGCGGUAUUCUUAGCGAAAGAGUUGCGACAGAACUCCACCGCCAUUUUCGGCUUCGUAGUAUGUCUCGUUGGCCGGGACAAAAAGCCGAGAGCGAUUGAAGACGCAGGUGUGGAUGACUCUCAUGUUUUUCCUUGCAAUAGAUGUGCUCUGCUGCUGUAAGUGUUGUUCGUGAUAGUUUUUAUCGGUGUGUAAUAAAUGAAAUUUUUACACUUCCAUGUUGUACUCUCGCUCACUUCAUAUGGUCUUGGUAGGGUUGGUUGUGUUCACAAAAAUCACGUCAUGAUUGUUGGAAAGCGUCCCUGUUUUCUGUAGAUUUGUUUCGUGAUGAUCGUGUGUGUGCGUGAUGGAAGCUUGGAUAACUUUUGUCCUCAAAUGAGAUUCGGUGUGUGCACGCUGUGAAUCAUGUGAACUUUGAUGUAGGAGGCGGGAUUGCCGUUGUCGGCUUCGGCGC